GCAUGAUAAGAGCUUGCUUCACGCCAUGCGUUUGACUAGGGGUGGUGACAGUUUGAGGAAGCACAGAUAGGCGCCAGGCAGCAUGAUUACGCACUGAGAUGCUGGCACACUAUUUCACAUUUCACACUGCAUGAAGAAAACCAAAUCAAGAAGGCAUCUCGCUUAUCGGGGCUGAAAUAGUCGUCUCGUGAGUUCAAUUUUACGUAAAGCUGACUAGGAUCCUUCCUGGCAGUUGUUUGGAUCAACAAGUGAUGCUUCCCAGCCCAGUUACUUCAACGCCGUUCUCGGUGAAGGAUAUAUUAAAGCUGGAGCAACAGCAGAGCUAUGUUUUCCAUCAGCAAGCGACCUCCCCCGAGCUGGAUGUCCCGCCGAUGCAGUCCCUACAGUGCAUGCACAAUGCGCUCAGCAGAAGCCUGGACUUACUGUACUGCCCAGAUAACGCAAACUUCACUGCAAGUGAACAGCCGAAAUGUGGAAUGAACUCAGAUGAUGACAUGCUGCGAGGCUGUAAUUCGCCGACGGAGGAUGAGGCUGAUCUAAUGGAAGACUCAGGCGCAUGUGGUAACGAUCUUUUGGAUGGCAAAGUCAGAAGGGAGGACGGCAGGCCGAAGCAGAGGCUGCGUCGGAAACCGCGCGUCCUGUUCUCCCAGACGCAGGUGUUGGAGCUAGAGCGGCGCUUCAACCAGCAGCGCUACCUCUCUGCGCCAGAAAGAGACCACCUGGCUACCAUGUUGAAGCUCACGUCUACACAGGUUAAAAUCUGGUUCCAGAAUAGACGGUAUAAGUGCAAGAGACAAAGGCAAGACAAAACACUGGAGUUGGCUGGCCACCCGGUACCUCCCAGAAGAGUUGCGGUGCCAGUAUUAGUACGAGAUGGAAAGCCUUGUCUUGGCGCUACUCAUGCUACACCAUACAAUGUAACGAUGGGCUCGUAUACAUACAACACUUACUACAGUAGUUACGGCAACAAUCCAUACAGCUGUAACUAUGCUGGUGUGCCGGCUUUGGUGAAUCCUACGCAAAUACAGAGCCCUAUUUCUGACCUGAGCCUGACAAUGAGCAAUACAGAGGGACCCGUCAGCCAACCAGGACCCUUUCAAAGUUCUCUCCCGGGUAUCAGAGCAUGGUGAGAACGGCGCAACAUAAAUACCAUGCCAACACCAUGAAGAUCAAAGAAGUUAUGCAACGGACAUACAUAAUAGGCUACAGUGAAACACUGUACCUGACCAAAUCACCGACCUCAGGAAUAGGCUAUGUCUAUUCAUUUUGACUUAAAAUGUAUUAUUGCUUUGUUAAUUAUUAGUUUGUAUUUUUCAGCAAUUUAGACUGCCAUGUCAGCGUCUGGCCUAAUGUAGGCCUGCUUUUUUCACAUCCCCGUUCGAACAAAAAUAUUCCAUUUCAUUUAUUAUUUUAAAUACAAUCCAAACAAACAAAACGUAAACUGAUACGACAGCCAAUAAUCAUAUAUUUUUUGUUCAAUUGUCUUUCGAAAUGAGCAAUAUUUUUAUAUGUGUACGUACUAAUAAACGGUGCUAUAAAGCAAUAGUUUCGUAAUAAAAUGUGACAAAUGUGAAAAAGGUUGUGCGCAUGUCUUAUCAGUACUCUACGUUUAGCUCAGGACAGUUUCAUUAAAUGGUUACGUUUGUCCAAAUAUUCUCCAAAGUGGUUAACAAGUCUAAAUAUGGUAAUUAUUUAACAAGAGACGGGCGAUGCAUAUAGCCCACAUACCUGGCCCGUUUCUUUUUAAUCUUAAUGGAAAUCAAAUGGGGUGUUAAUGAUUGUUCCAUGGACCAAACAGGCUAAACAAUGGCUGUGAUUGACUCAAUCAGAUUUAGAUAAGAUGGUAGAUCCUGUCUCAUCCUGGACCGCUGAGUAGGGUAAAUAAAGCAGCAGACAACGCGUCUCUGCUCUGCGGUGUGUCUUUCAGCCGAACAAGAACACUCAUCCAGCGCAUCUCUCUCAGCUAGCGGUAGGCCGGAGAGAUGCGUCUACAUCGCCGACGUACAACUGGGUGACUAAACUGUGUAAUUCAAUCGGUAUUAUAACUAAUGCCAUUACAACGUAGUUUGUAUGUAUUUGAUUUGUAAUAAAUGUCUGUCACAUUUUAUUAUUAAUAUAUAUUUCCAGUAUUAUGGUCAAUAAAAGAGUAUUUGUUAUGGGA